AUGGCGUUGUCUACUCGAAAUCGAAAGCGUAAACAAUUGGGGGAUGGCGUGGCUCCGUUUGAGUUUCCGUUUCAGACCCAGAAGAUCAAGAGGGUUUCUAGGAUUUUUGAGACCCAACAGAAUUUAGCCGUGGAGAAAAAGCCGACUACUUCUCUUCCUCUGCGCAAAGGUUUGUCGCCCAAACAGGUAAAGACCAUCCCUUUGGCUUCGUCUCCUAGAAAGCAUAGAAAAUCGGAGGAGUUAGGUUUUGAUGGUCUCUGUCAGACCCAGAAGAUCAAGAGGCAAAAACUAGGUUUUGAGUUUGAUUGUUCUGAAAUUUUGGGGUGUAUGAUGAACCUCCGCCAUAGGGGUGUCUACUCCAGCCCUGAUGGGUUUGCUGCUGAUGUGAGGCUUACCUUGUCAAAUGCUUUAAGAUAUUAUCCGCCUGGGAGGAUUGAGCGUGCAGCAGCCAAGCGUCUCAGUGGUGUUUUUGAGAGCAAGUGGAAAGAAGGCCUGGAGAAAAACCCCAAGUCUGUUUGUCCUUCUCCUCUGCCCAAAGUCAAGUGUUUGGCAGUGUUACCCAAACUGAUAUAG